AUGAUAAUUGCUAGGUUAGAACAAUUAAAUAGCAUUUAGACAACUGCAGGAGUUAACUCUUUGAAAAUGUUAUUCAAUGAGUAGCCAGUAGGAGAGGAUCAUACUAAUAAAAUGUGUUAGCUCUUAAAAGAGGGUGUAAAUCUUAAUUACUUAAAGAUAGACAUUAAAAAAUAAAUUUAAUUUGGGGAUAUCAUUGCAAAAAUGCUAGGACAAAAUCUUUCAAAUUGCAAGAAUUUGUAAAACUUAAAUCUCAUCUUAAUAAAUGACAAUAUAAGCAAUGAAGGUUCAUUACACAUUAGUAGGGGUAUCUCUGAAUGUAAAAAUCUUACUGAAGUAAACCUCUAUUUAGGGUAUAAUCUUAUUGGAGAUAACCAUUCUGCAUGUAUUGGCUAGGGAUUGGCAAAUUGCAAAAAACUUACUCAUUUAACCAUAGAUUUAACUAAGAAUAUUGUAGUUGACGACUCAGUAGGCUUUGGAUAGCAAAUUGCAAAAUUAGAUAAUUUAACAUACUUAAAUCUCAGUUUUUGGAGAUGUUAAAAUUUCAAGGAAGAGGGAUCUACAAAAAUAGCUCAAGGUAUUGCUAAAUGCAAAAAUUUGAAUACUUUGAUAUUUGACUUAAGCUCUACAGCAAUUGGAUAAGAAGGACCAUCGAAGUUUUUGCAUGAAAUUUCUAAAAGCUAAACCAUUUCAAAUUUGACAUUAAGAUUAAAGAACAAUGAAUUAGAUGAUAAUUGCAUGGAAAAAAUUGGUUUAUCUCUUAUUGAGUGCAAAAGACUUAGCAGCCUUUCUCUCGAUUUAUCCAUCAAUAACAUCGGACCUUAAGGAGCUUUUAAUUUAGGAAAGUCGCUAGGCUAGUGCUCCAAUUUGAAUUCUUUAAAGCUUAGCUUUGAUGUCAACAAAAUUGGAAAUAAAGGUAUCAUUGGAUUAGGUGUUGUGCUAUCCAAUUGUGAUAAUCUACAAAGUUUAGACUUAGAAGUUUGGAGAAAUGGUAUUCACCCAGAAGGAGCAAAGGCAUUUGGUGAAUAAAUAUCUAAAAGCUAAAACCUUAAAAAUUUGUUUCUCGAUUUUAGUGAAAACCCAAUUGGAAAAGAUGGUACACUAAACUUAGUUAAUGCAAUUACAUAAACUCCGAAGCUGAGCUUUUUAAAACUAAGAUUCUGGUAAAAUGAUAUUGGAAAUGAUUUGUUAGAAAAAAUUGGAGAAGCAGCCAGCUAAAUUUAAAAUCUUUGCUCACUUCAUUUAGAUUUAAAGUAAACUCUUAUAGGAGAAAAGGGAUGCUAAAGAUUAGUUAAAUAGCUAAGAAAUUGUAAAUAACUUUCAGCUUUAUAUCUAUAAUUAGGAGGAAAUAACAUACCUUUUAAGAAAGGGUAAAAACUAGGUUUUGAAUAUAAUUGUUUAAAAAUUAGCAGUCUAUUCAGACUAGACAUUAAGUCUAUUUGA